CUGCAUGAAUGCCAGCAGAACCAGUCGUUCCUUUGCUGACUUCAGCUGAAAAAUCCGUUAGAAAGGGCACAGGCGGAACCCUCCGGAAUAAGAAGAUGCUGCGUUUACUCUUUCUGUUUUUGAUUCUUGGAGGUGCAGCUGCAACAUCAGAAGACACAGAAGGAGAUUCUUCAGGAGAUGUCAUGGACGAUGAAGACUAUGUCUUUAAAGGGAAAGUAGUGCAUACUGUAUACUCAGAUCCUGUAAAUAUUCCUAAACAAAGUCCUGGAUCAGAUAAAUCCACAGGAGAGGAUGCAGCUAAUGAAGGUGGAACAUUGGUAAUCAUCCUAGCUGCGGUUAGCGUCAUCGUUCUGGCCAUUGGAGGUAUUGUAGCUAUUGUCCUCUUCAGACGCUACUUGCAAAGCCGGGAACAGGGGGUCUACUCUGUGCCAGCAGAGCAAGGACAGAAAGCUGCUGUCUAACCACGAGGGCCUCUUCAUUUCCUCUCUCCACUGGAUCUUUUCAGGGAUGAGCUGCAAGCAUGCGAUUCCUCAUCCCAACGUGUCUCUACAGUAUAGUGGAUUCUAUAACGUCAGAAGACGAGAGUGUGUUGCUAUCAUAAAUUUUCUAUGAACUGUUUUUAAAAGCACAAUGUAUACCGUUCAUGCACACAUGCCAUAUGUUGCACUCACAGAGAAAGUCCUUUGACUGUGGAGAACAGCUCAUUAGGGACUUUUUCCUCUUCACCUGCAAUUACUUUUUAUUUAAAUCAAGUUCAAAUCAUUUUUUUGUAUAAGUGUGUAAUAUUUUCCAUCUUUAGAAACUUUCACCUUAAAAGUAAGCUAUUCAUAUGUAUUUUUUUUUUCACAUUUCCAAAUAUAAACAAACACUGUGGCUCUGGUUUCUUUAAGCAAACUGAUGCAACAACAUUGGUUCAGCCAAUGGCGUGAGUUUGGGGCGGGACUACCUAAUUAACUAGCCAAUGGCAGACAGUGCCACAAAAAUCACGAACUGCAGCUUUAAGCAAACAUCCUCCCUAUUUCCCCUUACAAUCCUCUAAUGUUAGCAGUCCCCAGUGCAUUUAAAGUGACAAAUUCAAGGCAGAUUAAAGAUAAAACUAGUCUCUGGCUCUCUGAUUAUUUGACAGAAGAGAGAAAGAACCAGAGAGAAAGGCGAGUGAAAAAAAGUGGUUUGAACACCCACUUGUCAAAUGGUGAAUUAAUCAACCGCUUUAAAUAACGAUGUUGAUUUCUUUUUCCUUUCUUUCACCGUGGCCAACUCCUCUAAAGCAAAGCAGAUUGUAAAUAGGGAUAAUGAAAUAAGGAUACAGACACAUAACAUAUACAUUGAGGUCCAAAAGUCCACUAUGCACUGUAAAAACUACAUUUUUAAAGUUAAAAAAUAAUAAGCUUUUCACAUCUGAAAUAGUUAACCUUGGGUCAUUCUAAACCCCAGGUAAAAGCAAUCCUUCUUCACUCAAUUCAUGUGUUUUCAAUCACCAUUAAACAGUUUUCCAUUCAAUGAAACGACUAUUGAUAUGUGUUGUUUCCAUGAGGGUCCAAAUCAAGUCAAUGUGGAAAGCGACUGGGUGUGUAUUGCUAAGCAUCUAGCAGUUACAUUCUGGCACUGCAGUGUGAGGUUAACACUGCAAAAGUGUCGAACCGCCUUCUAAAUUACAAGUGUGAACCUAAUUUAAUAAUGUUUAUAACAACAGUAAUUCCCGUGGUUAAGUGCAGUGUGAAAAGCCCUAUAAUGUGUUACUUGACGUCUCUUUUUAAAUAGGCUAUUUGUGAAAUAUACCAGCAAUUUCUUAGUAAUGAAUGUAGUAAAAAAUGCUAAAAAGUAUAUUUUCAGAUUUUGAAUGCCAGAUCUUUAGUGUGGACUUUUGGACUCCAGUGUAUCCAUGACAUCAUCGAUUGAAACUGAGACACUAUAGCUGCUUACUUCUAUCCUCCUCUUUCUCAUCUUUUUUCUUCCACUUUUCUUUUCUUUUUUUUUUUUUUGAUUAAAAUGGAAAUCAAUCAACCCCUUUUAGCCUGAGUCUCAAGACUCAGAGCUUCUCGGCUCUUUACUCUGAAUUUACACAAAGACGGCAGGCUAGCAAACACUUUUAACACUGCUGAGACUAUGUUUUCUGUUCUUUCUUACUAUCUUGCUAAAGGGGCAGUGCACACAAAAAUGAACCUUUUGUAACCAUUAACUUAACCCAAUAAUAUUCCAGAUCUAUAUGACUUACUUUCUUCUGUCUAGCACAGAAGAAGAUAUUAGGAAGAACCUUUGGGGUCCAAAAACAUUGACAUAGACAUAGGUGUGAAUUAUUAAUCAAGAUUUGCUAUUCUGGGAAAUACUUUGCUAGACAAUAGUGUAGACAAUAACAUUUCAGAUGACUGCUAUUGGAAAAAACAGGGGAAAAACAAUAAAAAAUCAGCUCAUUUGAGUCAUUCUGAAAGCCAGUUUCACAUCAUUUUGACAUUUUCCUCCCUCUUUUGAAUAGAGGUUUUUAUAAACCGUCAAGUUUUAUUAAAAAUGUCUCAUGGGUUUUUUGGGGCAGGUUGCUUAUGGGACUUUACACUGUAAAAAUCAGCGAUGUAAUAUAACAAUUGUUCACAUAGAUGCACGUUUCAGUUCUGUUACCGGUUUCUCUUAGUGGUUGAAUUUAGAACAGAGUGGAAAAUGCUGAUGUAGAUUGCUCAACAAUCUUUGGAGAUAAGAAUCGACAUCAGAGCUUAUUUUCUUUUAUGUUAUGUAAUAUGCUCUGUCAGCAAAAAUGUAUACUUCAAAUAGUUUUAUGAAACGUUUAUGAGUUUUCUUUUUCAAAUGUCAUCAGUAAUGUUUUUCCUUUGAACUCUUUUGUAGCACCGCUUGGUAGUUGAUGCAGUAGUUGAUACUGUACGGCUUAUUUUCAAUGAUCCAUACAUUCAUCUCUCUGACUACAUUUGACCAGCAGUUUGAUAAUGUACUAUACACUCCCAGUGCACAAGAAUAGAGUCUGGAGCAUUGGUAGUGCACAGACUCGAUUCUUUAUGAUAACCGUCGCCGUAAUUAAUGGACAUUUGUGUGAUUUCUACUGAAGUUUAAAUUUUAAUGCCUGUUGCUGUAUAUAUUUUAUAAGACAAUCUGUCAUCUAUUUGUUGAAUUACACAUAAAUAAACAUUAUGGUUCUAAACAACUUUGCUAGUAAUAUAUGUAUCUGAUUUGGGUGGAAUUAAUAUAGAGAUCAUAAAAAGGACUAGAUGCACAGUUUGAUCAUCAUCAUCUACACAAUGGGUGAUAUCUGCUCCAUUAGCAUGGUGCUAUUGUGAAUGAAACAAUUUCCUUUGAAAAAUGUGUUUUUUUUAAAUAAUACAUGUAAAAUAAGGCAUUUAAUAAUUAAUUGUUAUAAUUCUUAAUUAUUGAAUCAAAUAAAAAUUUAAUUUAAGGUA